CAAGUGGCACGAGUGGCAUGUGCCACUCGUUACCAGUUAUCGGUGGGAGGUGCCAUUCGCUAAGUGGCACAUGCCAGUACGUGCCAUUUCCGGACGGCGGAGUUGCCACUUCCUGCUGCCAGAUGCCACUUCGGGACUGAACCCCUGCAGGUGUGUCAGUAAAAAACACAACUGGUGAUUGUGAACUCGUACACUGACCAGGGACGAAAAACAAACAACACGUCUUUAUGUGAAUACACGAGAGUGACUGAGCUUCAAACUGCGAUACAUCAACGUCAUCGGGUCAGUGGGCGUGGACGAACCCCAUUGGUCCAAUGAUAUAUCACGAGUCGGGAUAUCAGUACAAGCUACAUGCGAACUAUUUAGGAGGUUUAAUACACUUCAGAGGAUCACUUGAAGUUCAGCAAAAUGAGUGGCUACUACACCAAGCUACGUGUGCGAAGGACUUACAGAUGGGAAGGCAAGCCGACAAGUGAGGACAGAAAACUGAAGAGAAUGUAUUAUGGGUCUUUGUCUAUAGCCGUAGACAGAAGGCCAGGCAAGGCAGUGGUGUCUGUAGGCCAGUACAUACUGAUCGAGGGAGAAGAUGAUGACAACCCCUUUGUUGCACAGCUUCUGAAGCUGUUUUGUGACGAUUCCGGUAAUAAGAAAAAAGCAGUGGUGCAGUGGUUUGUACGUAUGUGUGAAAUACCUCAGAACAAAAGAAAGGUCCUGGGCCGGACACCUCACCCUCAAGAAAUCUUUUACUACCAGGAUCGCUCCUGUGACAAUGAGGUGGAUGCUGAGACAAUUCUAGGAACAGUUCAGGUUAAACAUAUUCCUUUUGAGGCUCCUUUCCCAGAUCAUGAGAACAAGGACACUCUGUUUGUCAAACUUUUAUGGGACACAAAAGCUUUUCGAGAAAUGGAUGCUGAGCUGUUUCAGCCUGCUCAGAGCCCCAAAUCUCCACCACCUUCCCAGCAUGCACCCCGAGCUCGUGCUCUCCCCACCCCAGACCCCACUGUAAUGAAGAGGGCCAUGACUGGCGUCCACACCCGCAGCAGCAUGAGCACGGGCAAGAUGGGCUCCAGUGAGGCAGAGUCAGCCCACUCUGCUUCCAAACUCUCCGCCGCCAAAGUGCUGAAUAUGAAGAGGAGAAGUAGAGUCUCCUCGAAUCCAAACAUUCGCAAGAAGUUGGACCUUUGCAGUCCAAGUAAGAAUUUGACUAGAGAUGAUGUUCUUGGUGAGAUACUGGAUGAAGACCAGGGCACAGAGGAAGACUUGGCCACGAAACUGGGCAGUUCUCCACCCCGUCAUAUUUCGAUCACUAUUAGGUUGACCCCACUUCAAAAGCCUUCAAAAUCUUCCACUGAUGAGGAGCAUCUUUCUGUCCAGGCUCUGGAUAGCCCUGCUAAACCCACCCCAACUGCACUGGCCAACACCUCCAGCAGAACACCAUCCAGGAGGAGACAGUCUACUACAGUCAAGGAGCCGGCUCUUACUGUGCUGGCUGAAGAAGAGCAUGAAGACUCUCCUAUACAGACUACUGCUACUCCCCGCUCAAAGAGGAAGUCAGCCCAGCUUGUGUCCUCCCACAUCAGAAAGCAGCUGGAUCUGCUGAGUAGCCGUGAUGAGCUGCAGUCGGAUGGUGAAGAUGCUGAUGAUGAUGACUGCUUCGUUCCUACUAAGAUUGACCUAGAGAGCAGCAGUGAUGAGGAAGAGGACGUGAAAAUGGACAGUGAAGACGAGCUGAUUGUGAAGAAGAGCAGGCGCACAGCAGGCUCGAAAACAACACGUGCAGCUGUAAACAGCCGAGCAUCUGCAAGAACCCCACGCAAAACUCCCAGCAAGAAGACUGCUCCUACUACUCCUCGGACGCCUCGUCAUGCAACCCCCAGCAUUCCCACCAGAAGUUUGCCGGCCAGGACGCCUGGGAAUGUGCUAGAGGAGGCCAGGGCAAGGUUGCAUGUGUCAUCAGUUCCUGAGUCGCUACCAUGUCGAGAACAGGAGUUCCAAGACAUCUACAGUUUUGUGGAGAGUAAGAUCAUGGAUGGCACUGGAGGGUGUAUGUAUAUCUCAGGUGUUCCUGGCACAGGGAAGACUGCCACAGUGCACGAGGUGAUCAGGUCUCUCCAGCAGGCGGCGGAGCAGGAUGAGAUCCCUCAUUUUCGGUUCCUAGAGAUUAAUGGCAUGAAGAUGACCGACCCACACCAGGCUUACGUCCAGAUACUGCAGAAACUUACUAAUCAGAAAGCAACAGCAGAUCAUGCUGCAGCCCUGCUGGAGAAACGAUUCAGUAUGCCCGCACCAAAGAAAGAGACCACAGUGCUGUUGGUGGAUGAGCUGGACCUUUUAUGGACCAGGAAACAGAACGUCAUGUAUAAUUUGUUUGACUGGCCAACAAGACGCCAUGCUCGGCUGGUGGUGCUGACCAUCGCUAACACGAUGGACUUGCCUGAGAGGAUCAUGAUGAACCGUGUGGCAAGUCGCCUGGGGCUGACACGCAUGUCCUUCCAGCCAUACACUUUUAAGCAGUUGCAGCAGAUUAUCACAUCUCGGCUCAAUAGAGUAAAGGCUUUUGAGGAAGACGCUCUUCAGCUAGUCUCAAGAAAGGUGGCAGCCCUGUCAGGUGAUGCCCGGCGCUGUUUAGAUAUUUGCAGGCGGGCCACAGAGAUCUGUGAGCACUCCAGUCAACAGGGUGGCACCAAAUUGGUUGGGAUGAGUCAUGUGAUGGAAGCUUUGGAUGAGAUGUUCUCCUCUUCCUAUAUCACGGCUAUCAGGUGUGCCUCUCUACAGGAGCAGCUCUUCUUAAGGGCAGUGAUUGCAGAGUUUCGCAGAUUGGGUCUAGAAGAAGCCACAUUCCAGCAGGUGUUUGUACAGCACCAGGCUCUGUGUCGUAUGGAGGGACUGCAGCCAGUAAGCGUGUCUGAGGGUCUGGCUGUGUGUCAGAGACUAGGAGCCUGCCGUCUGCUUCUUCUGGAACCCAGCCGUCUGGACUUGCUGCUUCGCGUCCGCUUAAAUGUCAGCCAGGAUGAUGUGCUGUACGCACUGAAGGCUGACUGAGGCCCAGAUGCGGAACUGCCCAAGUCCCUGCUCAGAAGUCUGAAGAUUGCAUUAUAAGAAAACCUGACUGGUGCCUUCACUAGAGCAUCCACUUAUUUGCUUUUCCCCAGAUAAGUUUUUAAAAGCAGCCGUGACUGGGAUCGGGUCCUGUUUCUGUUUUGUAAACUUUGAGUUUUAGCCUUGCUAAUCUCUUUCAACAUGAAGUGACCAGGGGUAGAUAGAUUGUCUUUUAAUGCAAAUGAACCACAAAAAUUUACAAGAAAUCAGCACAAAGUAAUGCGCUUCUUUGUCUCAGUGGCUCCGAUGAGCACUUAAGGGUACAUCUGGAAUAUUCUGAAUGACAGUAUAUGUACCUUGAAUCAAGUUUCUCAUUUGUUAAUUCUCAAAUUCUGGGCACAAAAUACACAGAUCAGUGAGCAUUUUAGUUAUUGGAGAGCGAGCCUCCCCCUUUUCUGUAUUCACCACGUAAUGUCUUAGUGGUUUUAAGGCCUGUCUGAAUAUUUGUGUGAAUUUGGUCAUAUUCUUAUGGACCAAAUGUCCAAUUAUUUUAUGAUCUUUGUUAAUUAUAGAAACUUAAAUAAAGCUAUUGAAAAUCA